GCGAUGGAGAAUCAAUCAGCCGUUUCUGAGUUUGUACUUGUUGGAUUUCCAGGACUCCCACUGAAAUUAUAUAAUCUAGUUUCUAUGAUAGCAUUUUUUAUCUUUAACAUAUCAUUGUAUGCAAAUGGAAUAGUAAUAGUUGUGAACACUAAGAAUGUACACCUACACAAGCCAAUGUAUGUAAUCAUUGCAAACCUUGCUCUCUCCGAUCUUCUUAUGGACAUUAUAACUUUACCCAAAAUCCUUGCCAAGUAUUGGUUUGGUGACAAUUCUAUUUCUUUUAAUCUUUGUUUCUUCCAAAUGUUUUUUGUCCAUAAUCUGUCAGCACUUGAUUCUUUCAUUAUCAUGCUCAUGGCAAUCGAUCGCUAUGUUGCCAUUUGUAAGCCUCUGAGAUAUUUCUCCAUUAUUAGUAAUGGGCUAAUGGCUAAUAUAUGCUGUGUGUUUUGGUUUACAGCAGCUAUUAUUGGAAUGUAUGUUACGAUCAUAAGUGCAAAGCUUCCCUAUUGUGGACCGAACAGAAUCAAGAACUAUUAUUGUAGCCUGACACCAGUUGUAGUUUUGGCUUGUGCAGAUUCAGCACCCACCAGAAAAAUUGGUUUUGUUACUGCCAUGAUUGCUCAUCUCCUCCCAUUAUCUUUUAUUAUAUUCUCAUAUGUAAGGAUCAUUAAGGCAAUCCGAUCAACAUCUGGCUCAGAAACGUGGCAGAAGGCUUUUUACACAUGUACCACGCAUUUGUUUGUCAUUGUAAUGUAUUAUGUCCCUCGACUCAUGGUUUACAUCUACAACCAGGUCCAGUUAAUACCCAAUGCUGAUUUGAAUGUGCUACUUAUUUGUCUCUAUACAUUUGUGCCACAUUUUGCCAGUCCUAUUGUAUACUGUCUCAGAACUGAAGAAAUUAAGCAAACUCUGCUAAAAGCUUUUAAGAAGAAGAAGAUCAAUUCAUAA